AUGUCGCCAUCUAUGGACAGCGCCCCUAAUGGUACCAGUACUGGUAAAAUUGCGAUCAAAGGCUUUUCGCUCGCAUCCAAAUCUUCGAAACCCUUAGUCAAGCCUACGCCAUCCAGCUCUCUAGGUAAACGACCCAGAGCAGCCUUCCAUGCCGACGACGGCUCUGACUCGGAAAAUGAACGUAGGGGAAAUGGCAGGGGGAAACAUGAGAGUGUUACUGGGUUUGGGGAGGGUGGCGCAAUCAAAAAGGGCGAUGAGGAACGGAGGAGGAGAGAGCAGGAGAGUGUGCUGGUGAUACCGAAGCUGGGGAAUCGAGACUGGAAAAGUGAGGUACGGCAGAGGAAGGGUGGGAGUAAGAAUUUAUUACCGCCUGAAGUUCAGCGACAGAGGGAGAUGGCUGCCAGGCAGAGGGAAGGUGGGAAGGCGGAGGGGGUUGAUGUUGUUAAUAGUAAAGAUGGGGAGAUUCAGUGGGGUUUGAGUGUUAGGAAACGAGAGCAGUCGCCUGUUACGGAGGUUAAAACAGAGAAAGACGUCGAUGUCAAAGUCGAGGAGCAGGCAGAUAUAGUGCAGGAAACUCCCAAAACAGCCGACGAAGAAGCCCUCGCCGCGCUCUUGGGAGAGCGUAAAGAGAAAAAAGGACCGGAUUUAGUCAUCCCCACCGCCGUAACCAACGAGCCAGAACAACACUUCUCAGAAGAAGAUGCCUACAAACGCGCCGUCGCGCUCGCCCCCGACGUCUCAACCCUCGAAGACUACGAGCGCGUCCCCGUCGAAGAAUUCGGCGCCGCCUUACUCCGCGGCAUGGGCUGGAAAGGGCAGAAAGAGGGGAAAAUCAAGGAGGUUAAGCGUAGACAGAAUUUACUCGGGUUGGGCGCGAAGGAACUCAAGGAUGCGGAGGAGCUGGGGGCGUGGGUGCAGAAGAGUGAUGUUAAGAGGUUGAAUGAGAGGAGGGGUCCUGGGGGUGGGGGGGAGAGAAGACCGAGGGUUAAUGAGUAUAAGAGGGAGAAGGAGAGGAGGGAUGAGAAAAGGGAGGAGAGGGGGGGUGGUUAUAGGAGGGAACGGGAAAGGGAUAGGGAUGAGGGGAGUAGUGGGAGGUAUAGGGAUGGGGAGAGGGAUAGGUAUCGUGAGAGGCGGUAG